AUGUCCUUCUCGCGACCCUCGCAGCAGGCGAUGCGCCUCAGCCGCCAUCUUGGCCGCCAAUCCUCCGCCGUCGCCGCCGCUCAACGCCCAGCGCGCGGUGUCGCCAACCUCGCCUCGCCGCACCAGGCAGCCGCUAUCUCGCGCAUCCAGAGCAGCGUCGAUACCUCUUCCGACGAGUACCGGGAGAACCAGACGCAAAUGGCCGCCGUUAUGACGCAGAUGCAAAACCUCUCGGCUAAGAUCCAACGGGGCGGCUCUGACAAGGCCCGCGCCAAACACCUCGCCCGCAAGAAGAUGCUGCCCCGCGAUCGCGUAACCGCCCUCAUCGAUCCCGGAACGACCUUUAUGGAGCUGUCGCCCAUGGCCGGCUACGAGCUGUACCCCGAGGCCGAGGUCCCCGCCGGCGGCAUCAUCACCGGCGUGGGUGUGGUCGAGGGCGUCACCUGCGUCAUCGUUGCCAACGACAGUACCGUCAAGGGCGGCACAUACUACCCCAUCACCGUCAAGAAGCACCUUCGUGCGCAGGCCGUGGCACAAGAGAACAAGCUCCCCUGCAUCUACCUUGUCGACAGCGGCGGUGCCAACCUGCCGCACCAGGCAGACGUCUUCCCCGACCGCGACCAUUUUGGCCGCAUCUUCUACAACCAGGCGCGCAUGAGCGCCCAAGGCAUCCCCCAAAUCGCCGUCGUCAUGGGCCCCUGCACCGCCGGCGGUGCCUACGUCCCCGCCAUGAGCGAUGAGAGCAUCAUCGUCCAGGAGCAGGGCCACAUCUUCCUCGCCGGCCCGCCUCUCGUUAAGGCUGCUACCGGCGAGAUUGUCAGCCACGAGGACCUCGGCGGUGGCAAGAUGCACUCGUCCGUCUCCGGCGUCACCGACUACCUUGCCGUCGACGACGCCCACGCCAUCGUCCUCGCCCGCCGCAGCAUCAGCAACCUCAACUGGCCACAACGCUCUGCCGCCACGAACCCACCCGCAAAGACCUUUUCUGAGCCCCUCUACGACCCGGAGGAGCUUCUCGGCAUCGCCGCGACCAACCUGCGCAAGCCCAUGCCUAUCCGUGAAGUCAUUGCCCGCAUCGUCGACGGCUCCGAAUUCGCCGAGUUCAAGAGAGACUACGGCACGACAUUGGUGACUGGCUUUGCCGAGAUUUACGGCCAAAAGGUCGGCAUCGUCGCCAACGACGGUAUUCUCUUCGCCUCGUCCUCCGUCAAGGGUGCCCACUUUGUCGAGCUCUGUACCCAGCGCGGUAUCCCACUCGUCUUCCUACAAAAUAUUUCCGGCUUCAUGGUCGGCUCCGCGUCCGAGCGGGAGGGCAUCGCCAAGCAUGGUGCCAAGCUCGUGACUGCCGUGGCCUGCGCCGACGUGCCCAAGUUCACUGUUGUCGUCGGCGGCAGCUACGGCGCUGGUAACUACGGCAUGUGCGGCCGCGCAUACAGCCCGAGAUUCCUGUGGAUGUGGCCCAAUGCUCGUGUCGGUGUAAUGGGCGGCGAGCAGUUGACUGCUGUCAUGGAAACGGUUGGGCAAAAGGCCGACCCUGAACUCCGCGCCAGAAUCGACCGUGAGAGCGACGCCACUUUCUCGUCUGCUCGUCUAUGGGAUGACGGCAUCAUUCCCCCACAGCAUACCAGACAUUACCUUGGCCUUGGCCUCAAGGCUGCCAUGGGCGGUAGAAACGAGGUCAAGGCUGGAGAUACCAAAUUCGGUGUCUUUAGAAUGUAA